AUGCCGUCCCACGCAGCCUACGAGAAGAGUGGCUUCUACCAGCGUCAACGCAUGUCCGCUGUCCCUAUGGAUCGCCAUUCCACCGCCAACCGCAUGAGUCGAGUGACCAGGGGAGGCCGGAAACUCACCUACGUCCUCACCGUAAUCCAGCAACCCGAGCGUGCAAGAGCCUGUGGCUCAGGCGCCAAAUCUUCGUCUGAUCGUAGGCCCGUUGACCCUCCGCCCGUCGUCGAACUGAAGAUUUACCACGAGGAUGGCCCCAAAUCCGAACAUAUCACAUUUGCCUACGAUGCCAACUUCUUCCUAUUCGUCACUCUCGAGCCUGCUCCUCCGACCUCGGCCACCUGCCGUAGCCAGCCAGCCGCCACUACGUCUAAUCCCGUGCUGACCGGCAUGCCCGUCUCCGGCAUGGCUUAUCUCGAUCGCCCCUCUGAAGCUGGUUACUUUAUCUUUCCCGAUCUCUCGGUCCGCCACGAGGGCCAAUACGUGCUUAGCUUCAACCUCUACGAAGAGACAAAAAACCACGCCGACCAAGAUCUUGACCCCACCGCUCCGCUCUAUGCUCCCGCUACCGCUGCCGAUCCAGACUCCUCGUUCGACUGGCGCCUGGAGGUAAAAUCCGCCCCCUUCACCGUGUAUAGCGCCAAGAAGUUUCCCGGCCUUACAGAGAGCACGCACCUCAGUCGCAUUGUCGCAGAGCAAGGCUGUCGCGUGCGCAUCCGGCGUGAUGUGCGUAUGCGUAGGCGCGAUCACAAACCAGACGACCAGACGCCUCAUGAGGAAUAUCUACCAUGUCGCGACGAAAAGGAAAUCUUCCGGCAUCGGACCCGCUCACGUUCACUCAGCGGCAGUAUACCAGACUCUGCUCAGACCCCAACUCGCCCCGACCCCUUCACUGUCGCACCGUCGCAGCCGCAGCCGCCGCCCCCGCGUCCCUCGUAUCUCGAUCGAUCUUUGGCCCCCCUCCAGACCACAUCGACACACACAUCCGCCUUCCAUCCGUCUCCAGCCCCGAGCUACACCCAUCAAGAUCGCUCUUCUUAUUCUCUCUCAUCCAGGUCUCUACGCCAGCCACGCGACUCACGUGACUACACCCCCGAUUUUAGGCCUUCGUCGGCACUAGCUCACUCAUCACCACCAAGUCCGCCAACACUCCUACCACCCCCUGCCAAUACCUCCUUAUACUCGUCCCUCAAUUCUCACGGCAUAACAAACUUGCCUAGUCUCGAACGUCGGUUACUCAAUCCUACUAGCUCUAGUAAUCACCUCGCUCCUCCGGCUCUUUGUCAUCCACCCAUGGCGUCUAUCAAUUUAUCGCCGCUGGAUACCAGUCUAUAUGCUUCAAACUCACUGCGAAAAAGGCCCCACGACCGUAACCUUCCUGGUCCCCUACCAUCAAACCAUCUCCGUCUCUUCCACGGUCAGCGUCCGCCGACGCCAGAUGCACAUGUUAUGGAGCCUGAUAAUGAUGCCAUGGGUCUCGAAAAGCCAAUGACCUACAAACGUGCCUCUGGGGCUAUGCGUGUGAGGGGACCACCUAUUAUCAGUUAA